GUGCCUAUAAAAGUCCAGCUCCGGCCUGAGAGGCUCUCUGUGAGAAGCUGAAGAGACUCCACAGAUACAGCUCUGAGGGCUGGUUUGGUUCUCAGCCCCCACCCCACCUCUCAAGAAGAGUUUGAAUUGAAGGCGAUUCCUAGGCCCCCCAGGACCACAAACUGUGAAGAUCCCGUGGAGGAGGCAGAGGGAAGGGCCUUUUCCUUGGACCUCGCUGCUCCCCCAGCAUGUGUACUGGGAGCUGCGCCAAGUGCCUGGGGGUCACCCUCAUCCCCCUCGCUGUGAUCGGCUUGCUGGCGAACAUUCUGCUCUUCUUCCCAGGAGGAAAAACGGUCGGCGACAAAGAGCAGCUCACGGACGAGGUCUUGUAUCUUGGAGGAAUAAUUGGGAGCGGUGUCUUGAUGAUCUUCCCCGCGCUGGUGUUCCUGGGCCUGAAGAACAACGACUGCUGUGGAUGUUGUGGCAACGAGAGCUGCGGGAAGCGGUUUGCGAUGUUCACCUCCACCAUAUUUGCGGCCAUCGGAGUCCUGGGCGCAGGAUACUCAUUUAUCGUCUCAGCACUGUCGAUUAAUAAGGGUCCUAAGUGUCUCAUGAAGACCAAUGGUACCUGGGGCUACCCCUUCGUGAAUGGGUAA